GAAUAGCACAUAACUGCCUGCAUCACCUGCCAUUCGUUGUGACUGCGUUGCAUUGCAGAGGAGGUGGACGGAAUCGAGAUGGAGGACGGGUCGGGGCGCGCGGUUGGGGGCCGGGUCGGUCCGCUGGAGGAGGGCGCCAACCUCACCCUCACCUGCCAGGGAUUCCACGGCGCCAGCAAAGUGGUAUCCUUCUCGUGGUUUCUGGAGGGCGAGGAGCUGGACACGUCGUGGGCGUCGGCCGGCGAGGGCGUCGUGGUCAACCAGCUCAAGGUCGCGGGCGUGGAGCAGCGCCACCGCGACGCCCGAGUGACCUGCCGCCUUGUCACCGUGGACGAGGGUCAGGCCAACCACCUUGCCGCCAACAUCACGGACCGGACUGCCGUCAUCGCCAUGUUCUACGUCCCGGACGCCAGGAUCACCGCGGAAGGGGGGCGCGCCCUGGGAGGAGGGGGCCGCGAGCUGAAGGAGGGGGACGGGAUCACCUUCCUCUGCUCCGUCCACGCCGACCCCCCCGUCUACAACAUCACUUGGCUCCACAAUGGGCGUGUGGUGGGCGUGGGCGGCCGCCGCUGGAUGAGAGACAACGCCUCGCUGGUGGUGUCGCCCGUGGACCGCGAGGACGCCGGCCUCUACACCUGCCUGGCCUCCAACAGGGAGGGCGACGGCCACUCCAACGCCGUCCAUGUCCGCGUCCUCCACCCCCCCUACUGCGAGGGGCCCGCCCACCGCCACAGGUUCGUCGCCACCAACACCUCCGUCACGCUCAGGUGCCAGGUGGAGGCCAACCCGCCGGACGUCACCUUCACCUGGAAGAUCGGCAUCUCGCCUCCGCAGAGCCAGCCUGAGGGCGGAGGAAACACCGCCCCUGCCACCGUGCCGCACUCUCCAGGGGAUCCGCCGUCGGAGGUUGUCCCCGCGUCAAGCUUCCUCCCGCCGGCGGAGUCCUGGGAACCCUCGCAACACCACGCGUGGGAAGUCCAGUCCGACGAAGGGAGCGCCGCCUCCGAGGUCGAGCACGACGUUGACGGCGAGCACCCCGACCGGUCCUCCGUCACCCUGACGCCCGCCACGUCCACGGUGGUGGGCUGCUACGCCAAGAACCGCGUCGGCCACAUCAGGGUCCCCUGCACCUACACGCUCACUGUUGUCGAACCGCCCAGACCGCUACACGACUGCGGCGUGGCGAUGGUGGGUGUGACCCGCAUGGUGGUGAAGUGCGAGGACCCCAUUCAUGCUCAUGACGACUCCGCCCACAACGGCCAGGUCGAACACUCGCCCAGCCUAAGCUUCGUGAGGUCGCCCGAGGCCAGCACCAAGGCCAACCUGGAGGUGUGGUCAGAAGGCGUUUUGCUGGUCAACAUGAGCGACUCCAGGCCUGUGUUCAACCUGCAUGGCCUACCGCCCUCCGCCAACCUGAGCCUGGUCCUGUACACGGCAACGCCCCACGCCCGCUCCUCGCCGCUCUACCUGGACGCCCGCACCCUACCUCGCCCCGUGUUCUACGCCCCAGCGCCGCCGCCCACCCAUCGCCAGCCCGAGCCAGGGCCGGAUACCGAGUGGGCGCUGGACGGUCUCGGCUGGAAGAUGGGCGCCGCGGUCGGGGGUGUGGGCGUGGUCGUGCUUGUGCUGGUGGCAGCGGGGAUGCGGGCGUGGGCGCGACGGCGGGCGGCAGCGACGCCUUCGGCCGACGGGAGCCUCACGCCCUCCCAGGACCAGAUCCUCCACGAGCCAAGCAUCGAGACUCAGGCCCUGGAGGAGUCCCUGAGUGACAUCCCUGGGUUGCUGAGCUGCGACUCGACCGCCAGCACGCAUACCACACCCACACACCUCAACUUGCAUGAGAGGUUCCCGCAGAUGAGGCCUUACGAGGACACUAUGGUGGGAGGCCCUUGGUUCGAGGUCAAGUAAUUCAAGAACCUGCAUAUCAAUGGACCCCAACGCACUUCUUGUGAGGCAGCCUUUCCUCCUCACUCACGUCCUGCUCUUAUCUCCUCUUCACCCGCUUCGUUUCUGUCCCAAUUACGUUUCUUUAGGUUUGUUUUUUUUAGCCCAUCUAUCGUUUGUGUUCCUCUCCGUUCGCUUUUUUUCGUGUUGCUCAGUAACUUGGGUCCAGUAUUUCUUUCGCAAGCCAUCUCUUGCAUCUGUUGUCUGUGCACAACACUCCCAUAUAUAACCCUCCACUUUUUUUGUUCUUCCUUUUCCCCCCUUCCCCUUGCCCCCUUCCGCCGGGCCCAGCUCCUCGACCCUCGACUUCGCUCUCUC